AUGUUCCGAUAUCGUAAGCUCAUUGACAAUGAAUUAAGUGAAAGAAUUUCCUGUUUUAUAAAAGAGAAAAAAAUAUCGAAGCUGAUGCAAUGUGCAAAUGCAGGUGAGAGUUGUCAGAAACCGCAAAUGGCAAGUCUAUGUUUUAAUGAUGAAAGUUACCGAAAUUGGAAUCGAGAGCAAAGAAAAUUCAUUGCGCAAUGGCCGCGCAAAAAUAUAUGA